CUCAUAGAGGUUAUGGUACAGUAGGCCGCGGGAUAUGGAGGAGUAGAUACAGUAUUGACUGGAGAAACCACGUGAACGAGAAUCCGGAGUUGGCCAAGGCAGAGGAGUUUUUGCGCAAUCACUGGAGCACGAAUUAUCUCUUACAGAAAAGCUUGGCCCUGGAUCGCCUGACUCUACAACCGUUCUUGUGGCUGGAUAAGUUCAUAGUUAACCCAGGUCUGCAGCUGGCAAGAACAACUAUGACUGGGCUUUCCGAUUCAACCACUAAACUCGGAUACAUGUUGUCCACGGAUUCUUACGUGGCCUGGUUCACAAAAAUGCCACAGCAGACUUUCGACUACCGGAUUGUGGUCGAUGAGACUAAAAUCAACAUUAACAAAGCUGCAACCGGGCCUAAUUUUGGAACGAGGGCUGGUACCAUGCCAAUAACCGGUUGGCUGAGGUCGGCGGAAGGGUCGGCGGAAGGGUCGUUGAUUGACUCGCCUCGUGACAUUUUCCACGUCCUAAGUAGGGCCAAGUGGCGUCUCAAUUACAGCCUACAGUCGCUGCGUCGUUAUGGACGUGCCCGGCAAUUCCUCGCUAUAUAUCGGGAACUGCAUCCGCAGAACCGGCGAUUAUCUCUCCCAGCUUUAGUGAACUUCGUCGAAAGUUCCUUCAUGCCUUACGUGCUGUGGCAGUCCAACAUGUGCAACGCCGCCCCGGGCGGCGACGGAGGGAGCCAGCAUUGGCUGAAGGUACAUGCGGCGCCUCAUGUCUGCUCUUUGCUAACCAGCUUGAAGACGGCACCGGUUGAACUCUACGGGCCCGGCGUCGUCGACGAUAUGACCUACGAUCCGAAGCUCCAAGGUCUCGAAUACCACGGCUGCUUCGUCAAGGACCCUCAGCUAACUCGCCAUGAUGGUUCUCUAGACCGGGAUUCACUUAAAAGACAAGUCUACCGGCAAGCUCAACAAGAUACUACCGAAGGCGACUACAACAUUGACUACAGCCUACUACCCAGCGUUAUUCUG